UAAGUUUCAUCUGAACACCAGAAAAUUUGUAUGAGAGAAAGUUUUCAGAGAUGAAUUUUAAGAAAUGGCUUGAGCUCCUGCUGGAGAAAACCUUGCCAGAAUGGAGAGAUCAUUAUAUCUCUUACAGUCUUCUUAAGAAAAGAAUAAAACUUAUUGAAGCCAUUAAAAGUGAUAUAAUCACAGGAGAUUCAAAUCAAGUUUUCCUAAAUGGAUAUGAAGUGGGUUUCAUCAAUUUGCUCAAUCUGGAAUUAGAUAAGCUCAACAGAUUCAUGGAGGAGAAGAGUAGAGAUUGUCAUAUUCGUUUACAGAAACUCAAAGACAGGAUUGAAAAGAUUAAGAAUGGCUAUACCCAAGCUGCUGUAAUGUCUAGUCAUGAAAGAGAUGAAGUGAUUUUAGCUGGGAAAGAUCUAGUAAACCUUCAUGGAGAGUUGAUCCUUCUAGAGAAUUACAGUGUAUGGAAUUUCACAGGGCUAAGGAAAAUUCUGAAGAAGUACCAUAGAAGAGUUCAUGCUGUAAUGGGAGAUAAUUACAUUCACUGGGCCAAAUGUCAGCCAUUCUUUGCUAAUGAGUUUUUAUUAGAAAUUAUAAGUGAAUGCCAUGAAAUUCUGCAGUGCUUUCUCUGCAUGGUGCUUCCUCUGUAUGUUAAUGCAAUGGGAGAAAUGUUUCAGAAGGAGGUUGAGCAGAGUGUGUAUAAAAGUUCAAUGGCUGCUUUAGAAAUUCUGAAUGAGAUGACUAAAAUCAACUCUGCAUACAAUGAUGUAUGAAUUUUAAGUCCAUCUUGUGUGUAUAGAUGGACCCAUAUUUCAGAAUUUAAA